AUGUUCGCGAAAGCGAAACUGAGAAGUGAAGACAAAUCACGAAGUGGAAUAGAAAGUGAGAUUAAACCUAUAAGUAAUUGUGAAAUAGAUAGUGAAUAUGGUGAAGAUAGUGAAUAUGAUUUUGAUUUUAUCCAACGAAUAGAGCAGGGUGCAUUCGGUAUUGUUUUUAAAGCAGAAUGGAUAAUUCAUAAAUUACCUGUCGUUUUAAAAAUUUUUAAACCAGAAUUGAAUUCAGAUCAAGACAACAUUGAAAAAAUUUUUAAUGAGGAGUUCAUCCAAAUAUAA